CCAGUUUGCUGGACUGGAUGGCCAAGUCAAACAACAUCCAUUCGCUGAGCGGCUUUCGCUGUUGAAUGAGCUGUUUUGCUGUUUUCGUGGAACGACGGCCGCCGGUGUGUCGCGUAUCUUCAAGAUACAAAAAUUAAAUCGAAUCGAAAUUGUAUAUUUGCAGCUGUCGGUUGCGCGCGUGUUGUCGAUGGAAAUUGUGGCAUUAUAACAAUUAUUUCUCGUGUGUGGAAGUGUGAAAGUGAAAUAGUAGCACCAAGAGCGACGCAAUUUGAUGAAAAUAUAGUUUUGCUCGCGCUCUGUAUAACCGUAUCUUUGUAUCUUUUGUUCGAGCCCGCCUCAACAAGUAAACCAAUAUAAUUAAAAAUCACUCGAGUGGAAGGCGCGUCCUUGAGCUCCCAAUUUAAACACCUGUUUUGUUAAGAGAUACAGAUAUUCUAUUUGCGAUUUUAAGCCACCAAAAGAGACAACCAGACCCAGUGUUAGAAGGAGAAGGAAGGCGUAAAGGGAUACAGAGAGAGAGAGAGAGAUGAAUAAUUUCACAACCACAACAGCAGCCGCACCACCAAAGGAAGCGCUGCCCCGAUCAGGACAUGUUAAUGAGGUGUGCAAGGAGUGGCUCGUGCGUGAGGAUGGUGCUUUGGCCUAUAAACUCCAGUCCCAAGAAAUUAAUGACUUUUACAAAGGAAAUCGGUAUAGAAACGCUGUAGUUCGAGAGGAUUUUCCAACUGCCCUGCACGAACAAAUCAAGGAGAAGGAGCAGGCCCAGCGAAGAGUGGAUGCCUACAGGAGACGCCUAACUGAGCAGGAGGAGCAUGACAAGCGAGUGGCCAAAGAAAUUGCUGACAAGCUGGAGCGUGAUCUGCAGGAGCAACAGCAAAAGGAGCUGCAACAGAGCGAGUUAAUAGCCAAGCAAAUGCAGGAAAUCUAUGUUAAUUUACCGCCUGUGCCACCGCCGGCAACACGAGACAAGAGCCGUCCGCCACCCCGUCCAGCCAAAGCAAGUAUACACCUGCAACAACAACAGCAGCAGACUCAUCAGACACAGCAGCAACAUCAGCCAGAGGCGAGCACCUCACAGCAGGCUAGAUAUCACAGUCAGCAACAGCAGCAGCCGUUGCAACUGCAGCAGCAACACUUUUCACAAACAGACAACUAUGUAGGAUUAUCGCUUAUACCAAAUAUUGUAGAUUUGCCAGCGGCAGCAGCAGCACCGUGCACCGCUCCCAGUAGAAAUACACAGGCACACAAUCAGCUGUUGGUGAGUGAUGUCUUAUCAUCGCCACAGCAGCAGCAGCAACAACAACAACAACAACAUCAGCAACACCAGCAGCAACAUCACUCACGUUUUCAUCAUGCACAACAGCAGCAGCAACAACAUCAAUCAUCAUCGCCGGCACGUCGUCCACCAACAAAUGCCACCACAUCUGCAAUAACUAACAUGCCCAGCACUUCAUCCAUAACUCAGCACCCACCCACACACACAGUACCACAGGCACAUGCAGUUGACAUCGAUGAGCUGGUGGACUAUGCCGAUGUUGCUGACAGCAUACGCGACUACAAUAUCGCUGCCACGAGCACGGCAGCAACAUCGGUCAGUGUUGUCGAUGCAGCUGCAACAUCACUUCAGAAACAACGCUCCCCGUCACAUGAAAAUCUCCUAAGAACCGAACCGAAAUUUCAGAAAUUGUCACCCGAGAAAUACGAUCAGCUUGUGGGCAAUUUCGGUUUGGGAUCUGGAUCGGGAUCGGCCAAGGCAGCUGAGAGACACAUGCAGCAACAUGCCGAUGACAUCGAACUCUAUGUUGAUCCCUGUGAUUAUGCCAGCCUACGAGAGAUCGGACUGCCCAUGGAAGAGAUCCAGGAGAUGAGCAAGAAGCUUAAGCAAGAACAGAAAGAUGAGUUGCUGGCUCGUCGUCUUCAGGCUAUUGAGUCCAAGGACUGUGUGCGUCAAGAGCACAGGGAUCGCCUGCUGGCCAUUGAGGCACAGGACAAGGAACUGGCCAAAAUGCUGCAGGACAGGAUGAAUUCCAAAAAUUCCAAUUAUUUUUGUUAUAAAUACAACUAUUUAGGAAUUAAAAAGGAGAAGGCUAAAGCCAAGAGGGCCAAGGAGAAAGCUCGUUUGCGAAAAACUCAGCAGAAGGAAGCCGCAGAAGCCGCCAAUGGAAACGGUAGUCUGCUCUGUGGCACCAAUUCCCAUUGCGGUCCAUUGCUUCAACUGCCCCCGGAUUGCCUUUCCAGCUCUGCCAAUCAUUCACAGGUCGACAUCGAUGUGGAGGCCUACUCCAAUCCCAUCGACGUGCUCAACAAUAGUCGUGAACAGAGGCCCCACAAUGGACCUUUGACCAAUGGCAGCCUGAACAGGGACGGGGGCUCGGGAUCCAAUCACAGUUCCAUGCAAAGACAACAACAGAGAAACACGGCACCCAUUAGGGGAGAAGAUGACAUCUACACACUGCCCGUGGACAGUUGCAGGCCAGGACAAAGGCCUGUUUCAUUGCAUGUGGCAGAUGCAAUGCAGCAUCUUCAGACCAACAAUUCCAUGACUAGAUCUGAGCACUAUGGAUCCGAGGCCGGCUCCCAUGACAGCUCGCAUCACAGUGGCCAGGACACAUCGCCCCACAUGAAAUUCUCCAAGUCCGGCAAUUUCGAUCAAAGUGCCAGCCCCACGCCGCCUUACAUGCCAAUUCAGGGUACUCGAAGAUCAAAUUCAAGUGAAGAUCGUAAAAAGAAAUCCAAGGACAAGUGCACGCAUCAGUGAACCAUAAUCACCCAUUCAAUACUACGCCUAUAUAUCCAUACAUAUGUUUUCUAUUCUCUUGACAAUGAAAUUGUUCAGAUCAAAAUCAUAACUCUUAUCGAUUUAUUUAAAUCUUUCUCAUAUUGUAUCUCUAGAACUUAGUAGUUAGUAGUUUAUAGUUAAAAUACGUCAAAAUCAUGUAUAAGUUAUUGUGUGGUUUCAGCGGUGGUUUUAAUAGAAGUCAUCUUUGGGAUUACAAUAAAGGUUUUUUUAUAGAUAAAUGA